AUGGCUGACCUCGACCACCCGACGAUAGUCGUCGACAAUAACAAUAACAACAAUAAUAACGACGACGACGACCGCCCUCUCUCAGUCCGGCGCCAACGCCGCAGCAGCGCAGGACUGAAUGCCUCUUCUUCAAGCCCACGACGGUUACCAAGGGUCUACGGCAUCGCCACACCACCACAGACACCCAAACGCAGCAAGAAAAAGGUCCGCUUCUCAGACUCCGACUUGGAUCCUGGACCAGCAGUCAUCGCAUCAUCAUCAUCCGACUACUCCCCGUCGGGUCUGACACCGUUCAUCAGGCGCACCACCCUCUCGAUCUCCUCGCGCAAACCCAAACAACCGCGAGGAUCCCAGUCGAGAAGACGCCCAUCAACCUCAUCCUCAUUAUCAUCCACGCCAGGCCGGCGGCUGUGGCAGGGCGAUGGUGGCACGCCUGCUGCAUCUGGCACGCUGCAGUUCGCGCCUCUGCGUCAGGUGCUCGCGGGUCGUGUCCAGCGACGGCUGCGGCGGAAUGGGCUGAGCGAGGAGGUCAAUAUCAUCGAGUGGGAUCGUCGCCGCGAGGCGAAGAAGCGGCGCGAAGAAGUAGAGAGGUUGACGGAGGAGCUGGCGCUGAAGGAUGUGGAAGUCCGGUCUCUCCGCCACGACAACGCCGAUAUGAUGGCGUCGCAACUCGGGAGCGGAUCUGGCGUUCGGGGCCUCGCGGGUCCUGAUACCGCGGCAGCUAAAGUCCUUGUGCUUGAGCGGGAGAUUCGUUUUCUGAAGGAGGAGCUGCGGCGGAGGGAGCAGGAUGGGGAUACGGUGGUGGUAGUUGCGGAGGAGGGAGAAGCUGAGGAGACGGAAGUGGAUUGGACGGUGGCGGCACGGGAUCCGUAUGCUGUGGAUGAUUUUGACGACGUUGAUGAUGUUGAUGUUGAUGUUGAUGACGGUGAUGAUGGCGACGAGAUGAUGAUUACGAAUUACGACCAGGACGAUGGGUUUCAGGAUAUGUCUGGCCAGGAUGAGAUCAUGACGACGCCGACGCGGCUCAAUACUUCGUUCCUAUCGCCGCCCUCCACGAUGCCGAACACACCGUGCAAUUUGGCCGCCGGCACUCAACACUCCCUGCCGCCCAUCCCGGACCCCGAGAAUGCAAGCUUGGAAGGCCAGUUGCUGAACCUGCAGGAGGAGACCCAGAAGCUGAACCGAGCGAUUGCGUUGCAGGAGGACCACCACGAUCGCCUCGCGCAGAAACUCUCCCCCUUUCUGACCAGCGACGAGAGCCCCGACCACACAGCUCUCGACUCAGCACUCGACACCGUCUUGACCUCCCUCGCCCUGUCCGAGUCCCGCUCCCUGGAACACGAGACCGCCUUCUCCGCCCUGGCAACCGAGAUCUCCGCCCUCGGCUUCUCCCGCCCGGGAUGCAGCCCCGACGUCGCCCUCGAGAGCAUUGCGUCCCGGUUCCGCCAAGCGCGGCUCGAGCUCGAGUACCUCAGCCCAGGAGAGACGCCGACGGGCUUCGCGAACGACCAGCUGCUGGGCCUGCUGGUGAGCCGCGUCCGGGUGCUGAUGGAGAAGGUGAAGGCCAGGGACGCGAGCAUCGAUCAGUACCACGCACAGGAGGUCCUGCUGCGGCAGCAGUUGAAUGACCGCGUGAGCGUGCUGGACACGGUCAAGGCCGAGCUCAGCCUCGCCACCCGCGUCGUUGGCGACCUCCGCGCCGAACUCGACGAGCAGGCCGUCGACGGCGAACGGCUGCGUGCUGCGCUGGACGGGUACCGCGACGAGGUCGCUGGUCUGGAGCGCCUGAUCGAGCGGAUCGCGAACGAAGACGGGCUGCGCGGCGAGAUCCGCGCGCUGCAGCGGAGGAUGAUGGAGAAUGACGAGACGCAACCGCAGCAGCAGCAGCAGCAGCAGCACGAGGAAGCUACUCAUGCCUGCAACGCAGGCACCGAUACCGAGAUGCUGCUGCUGGCGGAAUUCGAGCAAAGGUUCACGGGCGCGCUGCACGCGGCGGCGGGACUGAGGGCGGAACUUGCGGCGCUGGCUGCAAGCAAGGCGGCGACGGUUGCGGAGAAGGAUGCCGCGAUCGAGCAAGUCUCGACACUCCGCGGUGAGCUGGAGCGCGUCAACGGGUCGCUCCAGACGGCCCACGCGACCAUCCUGUCGCUGCGCAGCGAGAACCGGGAGCUGGCGGGCACGGUGUCACGGGGACGGUUCGUCGUCACGGACAUGCUGAAGCAACUUGGUCGUGCGCAGGAGAUGGGCGCGGGUUUUCUCGAUGCUGAUCUUGGUGUUGGUGGUGAUUUCGAUGGCGAAGGUGCUGCUGGGGAGACGGGCUUGGUUCGGGGUGACAGAGCGCAGAGUGAAAGCCCUGCCGUUGCUGCUGUAGUUGGAGCGAACGGGGGCCUGUUUGAUGCUGGGUUGGCGAGACGCGGUAGUAGAGGGGAGGGGGUGGAUGGGGGGAAGAGGAAGAAGAGGAGGUAUGAUAGUGGUCUGGGUUUUCUAGCCGAGGAGGAUGAAGAAGGGGAUCAUACUUCAGAGGGGGAAAAGUGGUCUCUUCUUCUUGCUUCUUCAACGCGACGUCGAGACGAGUCGCGACAAUGA